UUUGCGCUCGUCUGAAGCUGUUUCAAUAAAAUGUACAAGGUGGUUUGGUUGCUACUGUGUUCCGGGAUUUGCAAGAGUUUGUCAACAAACAAUACCAACGAUGGGUUUGGCAACGAAAUAUUGCUGGCUAAGAUGAACUUUUUGGAAAAUAAGCUUAAGGAACUGCAAGUGGAACUUAAGGAACAAAGUGAAACCAUUUUACAUAAGCUGGAAUCUAACAAGCGGGUUCUGAUCGAGCAAAACAGUGAAAUUAAGCAAUCAAUAUUCGAAUUGCGCCCAAGUAGACAUCCCUCAGAUAAUAGCAAUAUUCUAGAUUUUUUAAUUGGGAACACUACUUCACAAAUCCGAUCGACGAUUGCUUCCUGUAAAUCGUCCACAAAAUCAGGAAUAUACCUCAUGGCCGUAGAUCAAGCAAACAAGUUUGAGGUAUAUUGUGAACAAAAACUCUACGCUGGAGGCUGGGUUGUAAUCCAAAAUCGUUUCAAUGGGUCAGUUGAUUUCUACAGAAAUUGGACCGAGUACAAAAAUGGGUUCGGUGAUCUAAACGGCGAGUUCUGGCUAGGACUAGAUAAAAUUCAUGCGUUGACCCAAACUAAAGUUCGUGAGCUGUUGAUUCAUGUUGAGGAUUUCGCUGGAAAUGUCUACUACUCAAAGUAUGGGGGGUUUGCCAUCGGUAGUGAGGAUGAGUUAUUCGACCUUAAAACGUCACUCUUCUUCCACCAAAGUGGCACCAUGGGGGAUUCUUUGACGCAGCAUAGGGGACACAAGUUUACCACGUACGAUUCCGACAACGAUACGUAUGGUCCGGGAAACUGUGCAGAAUUGUAUCAUGGAGCUUGGUGGUACAAUCGGUGCCACAACAGUAAUUUAAAUGGAUUGUACAAAGAUGCGGAAAAUCCUGAAACAAUGAGUUGGCGUGCAUUUGAUAGCAACUAUCAAGGAUUGAGUGCGUCGAAAAUGAUGAUCAAAUAAAAUAUCAGCCAAUUUUUUUUAUAAGGGCGGUUCCCAUGAAUUUAAUU